AUGAAAUUCUUCCUGGUGGACAUUUCUGAUAAUGUGAAAUUUACCCUCACUAAAGAUGAUAUUCGAGUGCAGAGGUAUAGAUGGGUUACUUUGAUCUUAUUUUGCUUCCUUACUAUUGUCAAUCUCAUGCAGGUACUACAGUUCACCAUAAUUGCAAAUUUGAUAGCAAAAUACUUUGAUAUCAGUAGUUCUAUUGUACAUAUGACAGGAACAAUUUUCUUCAUAAUAUUUAUUUUAUUAUUCCUACCAAUUAAUUACCUGAUCCAAAAAUAUAGUUUGAGGGUGACAAUAAUUGUAAGUUCAACUCUCACAUUCGCCGGAAUUCUGGUGAAACUGUUUUGUUGUGAUGCAUCGAAAUUUUAUGUCCUUCUCAUUGGCCAAGGGAUAUGCGCAUGCGGACAAGUUUACGUACUGAGUAUUCCCUCCAAAUUGGCAUCGGUAUGGUUCGGAUCGAACGAAUUAUCUACCGCUUGUUCCAUAGCAGUGAUGAGUAUACAAGCCGGUGGUGCCAUUGGAGGAAUUUUGCCGCCUUUUUUAAUAUAUCAUGACACUGUCGAUGCUAUAGGCCAUUCAUUAUACCGAAUGUUGAUUCUCAAUGCAAUUAUGGCAGGAAUCGUCUUUAUUCUGAUCUUAUUAUUUUUUAGGGCAAAGCCAGAUUAUCCUCCAAGCAAAUCCCAACGGCAGCUUCUUUCUGAAGACCAACCAUCUGGUAUAUCUAUUGUAGGCAGUGAAUUGUAUAAGAACAAAGAUUUUUUAUGUCUCCUAUUCACAUUCGGAUUGAGUUAUGGCAUUUAUAACGGUCUUGGAGUGGUUUUCAAUACCAUUUACAUCGAAUAUUUUCCUAAUGGCGAAACUGACCUGGGGAUUACUACGGGUCUAUCAAUUAUUUGCGGUGGAGUCAUAGGCAGUACUUUCUUUGGUUUUCUUCUAGAUAAAACACAUCAGUUCAAGAAACUGAGUAUUACAGUAUUGGUGAUGUCAUGCCUAUGCUUCAUAUUAGAGGCUUACACAGUAUUGAUGAGUAACAGAGUUGGCACAUUUUUCACAAUUCCUAUAUUCGAAUUCUUCAUUGCUUCAACCUACACUAUUGGCAUAGAGUUCGUUACAGAAGUAUCAUAUCCAGUUCCAGAAUCCACUAGUUGUGGAGCUUUGAACGCCAUCAUCUACCUAUUCGCCAUAGGAUCCACCUUUACCAUGGAAUUUCUCAUUGGGGCAGCUGGAUAUUUGACGACAUUGAUUGUAAUAUUAUGUGCAUUCGUCUUAUGUAUCAUCUCUCUGAUGUUCGUGUCUUCGAAUUUUCGAAGAACUAAAGCUAAUUUGAUGAAUGAAAUUGAUUUAUGA